UUCGAAUUUGUCUUCAAAUCGCCGAGUCGAGAUAAUAAUAAUAAAUUAAAAAAAUGGAUGAAUCCCGCCGCCGUGACAGCCUGGUAAGCGGCAUUAAUGUUGGAAUCGGAUCAAGUUUCUGCUUCACCCGCAGCCAUUUUUGCUUCUCUCUACCUCCUCAAAGCGCCAGUUGGGCUCUCGAUUUCACAUAAAAUUCCGUUUCCGGCGCCGGCGUUGAAGAGGAGGACUUAGUAGCAAAAAGAAUCGUUGACGAACAACGGGGAAUUGUUUGCAGACCCAAGUGAAAGAAAUGGGUUCUGAAGGACCAGCUGGGGUUACCAUUAACGUGACUGGAUUUAAGAAGUUUCAUGGGGUGGCUGAAAAUCCUACCGAGGCCAUCGUCAAUGACUUGAAGGCCUUUGUAGACGAAACAGGGUUGCCUGCUGGUGUCACUCUUGGAAGUUGUACAGUUCUUGAGGCUGCUGGAGAUGGAGCUCUUCCAAUUCUUUACAAUGUUUUGGAAUCUGGUAUCUCAAAUGUGGCAGACACUAAGAAAGUCAUAUGGCUUCACUUGGGGGUCAAUAGUGGUUCAGCGAGGUUUGCUAUUGAAUGGCAAGCUGUGAAUGAAGCUACUUUCCGAUAUGCAGACGAACUCGGAUGGCAACCUCAGAAACUUCCAAUAGUCUCCCAGGAUGGGGAAAUCUCAAUGAUUAGAAAGACACCCUGCUCGGCUCUGGCGAUCUUAGAGAAGUUGAAGGCGAAAAGCUACAACGUGAUAUUAUCAGAGGAUGCGGGAAGUAUCCUGCCUGAUACCGACAUUGACAUGAUUAAAGAACUUGAAAGUUUCGACAUUGAGGAAGAGGACGACUAUACGGUGCAUUCGUACACGGUCCCAGUUUGGAGAAGUGAGCGUGGGAGCAAGGUUCUGAUGAAUGUGGAUAGUUUCGACGCGGUGGGAGAUGGAGUUACAGAUGAUACUAUGGCUUUCAGGAAGGCAUGGGAGACUGCCUGCAGCACUUCAAAAUCAGUUCUUUUGGUGCCAAAAGAAAGGAGAUAUCUGGUGAAUGCAACCACUUUUGAAGGGCCAUGCAAAGAUGGUAUGGUAAUCCAGAUUGAAGGAACAAUAGUUGCACCAGAUGAACCAGAGCUAUGGGAUCCAAAGCUUUGGCGGCAAUGGCUGGCAUUUACAAAACUAAAUGCAGCUACCUUUCAAGGAGAUGGAGUUAUCGAUGGCUCCGGUGAGAAAUGGUGGACAGAAUCCUGCAAAAAGAACAAGUCCAGGCCUUGCAAAGGAGCACCAACAGCAUUAACCAUCGACUCAAGUUCAAAUAUAAGAGUAAAAGGCCUUACCAUUCAGAACAGCCAACAGAUCCAUUUCACCAUUGCGCGGUCUGAGACUGUUCGAAUUACAGAGGUUAGAGUCUCAGCUCCAGGAGAUAGCCCCAAUACUGACGGGAUCCACAUCACACAAUCAACUAAUGUUGUAGUUCAAAAUUGCAAGAUUUCAACAGGUGAUGACUGCAUCUCCAUUGUCAAUGCUAGCUCUGGCAUCAAGAUGAAGGGAAUAUCAUGUGGACCAGGACACGGGAUCAGCAUAGGAAGUUUAGGGAAAGACUACUCCACUGGCAUUGUGUCAAAGGUGGUGUUAGACACAGCCUUCCUCAGAGAAACAACAAAUGGUGUUAGAAUCAAGACUUGGCAGGGAGGUUCUGGAUAUGUUCGUUCUGUACGAUUCGAAAAUGUGAGAAUGGAAGAUGUUGAGAACCCCAUUAUCAUCGAUCAGUUCUACUGUGACUCUCCUACUACUUGUGAAACUCAGACAUCUGCUGUGAAAAUAAGCCAAAUCAUGUAUCGGAACAUAAGUGGAACCACAACGAGCAAGAACGCGAUCAAAUUCGCCUGUAGCGACAGCGUUCCAUGCAGCAACAUAAUUCUAAGCAAUGUCAACUUGGAGAAAACAGAUGGAACAGUGGAGACCUAUUGUCACGCCGCUCAAGGCUUUGGAUUUGGCAUUGUGCACCCAUCGGCAGACUGCUUAACUUCCAGUGACAACGUCACAGCUUCAGAUCAGAUCCAAGUUCUGGCGCUGGAGGCAGUGCAAAUCCCUACUGAGCAGCACAUUGUUCACACUGAGCUCUGAGCUCGUAAUCCUGUCUAUCUAAACUAAACUACUAAGGGGAUCAUAUUUUGGUAGAGCUUGGUUUUCAGGUGACCAACUCAGGAAAUAUUUGUAGCAUAUAUUUACAUAGCAUACACAAUUAUACCUACCCUUUUGGAAUCUAAAUAGAAAUAUAGACUAUGAAGUAAAUGAUUGUACUAUUGCUAGAAGAAAAUAUACAUAUUUCGAGUUUA